UUCUGCUUCAAUUGAUGCUUCAAGUUCAACGUUGACCAAAAAUAACUCAAGGGGUUUCUCCAGAAUCUUCAGAAACAAUUUCACUGAUGGUGUUUGCAAGUACCAGGUGAAAACUCUUCAGACUACCCCUACUUUUGUUGAGGAAGUUCAAGAAAAUGAAGCUGUGGAUCUAUGGCCGAAGAUGAAGGAAGAGGCUGAACUUGAUGUAACUGAGGAACCUAUUCUGAAUAGUUACUACCAAUCUUCAAUUCUGUCUCAUGAUUCAUUGGAAUCUGCUUUGGCCAAUCACCUUGCUAACAGAUUAAGCAGUGCAAGCCUUCCAAGUAACACACUCUUUGAUCUUUUUGUUGGGAUCUUGAAAUCUGACCAAGAAAUCAUGGAUUCUGUGAAGGAAGAUCUCAAAGCAGUUAACGAAAGAGACCCUGCUUGCAUAAGCCAUGUGCAUUGCUUCUUGAACUUCAAAGGCUUCUUAGCAUGCCAAUCUCAUAGAGUUGCUCAUAAGCUAUGGCUUCAAGGAAGAAAAGUCUUGGCAGUUAUGAUCCAGAACCGAGUUUCCGAGGUUUUCGCAGUAGAUAUUCAUCCCGGUGCUAAGAUUGGAAGUGGGAUUCUGCUUGAUCAUGCAACUGGAUUAGUGGUUGGUGAAACUGCAGUGAUUGGUAACAAUGUGUCAAUUUUGCAUAGUGUGACUUUGGGUGGAACUGGUAAAGCUUCUGGUGAUAGGCAUCCAAAGAUUGGUGAUGGGGUUUUGAUUGGUGCAGGGACUUGUAUUUUGGGGAACAUUAAGGUUGGUGAAUGUGCUAAGAUUGGUGCUGGUUCUGUGGUGAUUAAGGAUGUUCCUCCUAGGACUACUGUUGUUGGGAAUCCUGCUAAGUUGGUUGGAGGCAAGAACAACCCUGUUAAGCUGGACAAGAUGCCUAGCUUCACCAUGGAUCAUACUUCAAAUAUUACUGAAUUUUAUGAUUACUGUAUUUAGAUUUUAGCAUGCAUUUACUCUUCGGUAGGAUUCUCAGGAUAUAGAACAUAUGAAAACAGGAUUCAGGAACAAGAAAAGAUAGAAUUCUGUCUGUCUCUGAUAAAUUGUCUCUGAGAUAGAGACAUUUUGCCUAUUUCUCCGAAUAAGUUCGAUUUCCAUGUGUUUCUGUAUUUCUGUCCUGAGAUAAUUACUGAAUAAGUUGGCUUAGAGUUGAAGCUUGAAACAUGGUUUAGGUUUGUAUUCUUGAUUUUGGGGAGGGUGGCUUCUUGUUUGUUAUGUAAGAGUGAAUCCAUGUUCUCCUGCUAACAAUAAACGAAAGAAAAAUAAUAACAGCAAAGUGCCCUCAGGACCAUUGUAUUAGUCUAUCAGAAAUAUUUAGUAUGCAGAACAACAAAGCUGUAUCUAUAAGUGUUGUUGUAAGGUUUCAGAACCAUCCUUCUGUAAUAACUACUACAAUAAUUUAGGUUGUGUUGCUUAUAUAGUAUCUUACAUAGUA